GUCAGAGUCAGAAUGGACACAGAUCUGAACUCCGCAAUCUCCGCCUUCCUGUCAAAUUGUGAGGAUCACCACCUGCUACGGUUGACGCGAUUCUACAUGGAGCGAUUGGAGCAGGCGAUUGAGGAGGGUGUGGAGGGAGUCAGCUUCAUGUUAAUGGGCGAGGAUCACCUCACCGGGCUAGAGUAUCAUAGCGUGACUGAGCUCGCCGAGAAGGGGAACCGAGCAGACGCUUCCAAACUCCUCCUGGAUCUGGUGAUGGAGAAGGGCUCCGGGGCCCGGAAGGUGACGGCCAGGUCGCCUACAUGGACACUGAGCGGGGUUUAUCUGAAGUGCCCAAGCAUCUGAAAGACUUCCUCCCUUUUUUUUUCUCCCAAUGUCAUAUGUACCAAUUUGUGAAAAGACAUCUGGCUGCUCAACAUAUUGUCUGUCCAGAGGCAUUUCGGACCCUGGCACCAAAGUACCAACUUUUUUUUUAUUCGGGAAAAUACGUUGAAUGUCUAUGUUCAUCAGACAACCUAUUUCUCUCCGUCCUAAGAUGUUCGAAGGAAACACAAGGAGACUCUGCGGGCACAAACUGAAACACUGAGAGUGAACACGAUCCUGAUGAGGGAGAAGGUGAAGGUUUUCCAGCUGGUUGAUCGAUACGUUGAGCUCACGGUCAUUUCUACUGUUCGAGAUCGGAGACUGGUGGAACAUGAGCUGUUAGCAAGAGGCAGAGCCCACGAAGAAUUGAGAGAGAAACAUCUCCACAGAGAGCUGGAAAAAAUCCGGAUACAUCAGUUAUUCAAGAGGAGUUUUCUUAAACAAUUUAAAAGACCUAACAUGGAAAAAAAAUCUGGGAUGUCCACAGCGGUGGCCGGCGUUCCAGGGAUCGGAAAAACAACAAUGGUACAAAAGAUUGUUUAUGACUGGGCCACAGGGAAAAUAUAUCAACAAUUCCAGUUUGUCUUCAGUUUCAAAUUCCGCGAUUUAAACACCAUUAACUGCAGAAUAAACAUGAAGGAACUGAUUCUGGAUCAGUAUCCUUACUUUGGGAAUAUUCUGAGAGAGGUCUGGAAGAACCCAGAGGGAUUGCUGUUUAUAUUUGAUGGUUUGGAUGAAUUCAAUGACAGAAUUGAUUUUGCUGACAGCCGGAGAAACACAGAACCUCAGCCCACAUGCACAGAUCCUGAAUUCAAGUGCAAAGUGUCUGACAUUGUGUACAGUUUAAUCCAGGGCAAGCUGCUCCCAGGGUGUUCAGUGCUGGUGACCACCCGCCCCACUGCGUUACAUUUAUUGGAAAAGGCUGAGAUCAGUGUCUGGGCUGAAAUCCUGGGAUUUUCUGGUGAGGAACGGAAAAAAUAUUUCAUCAGGCAUUUUGAAGAUAAAAUGGUGGCGGCAGCUGUUGUCAAACAUGUGAAGGAGAACGAGAUCCUGUACACCAUGAGCUACAACCCCUCCUACUGCUGGAUCCUCGCUCUGGCACUGGGCCCCUUCUUCACACAAAGAGACAGGGACCCCCAGCAAGUUCCCAAGACUAUCACCCAACUGUACUCCUACUAUAUUUACAACAUCCUGAAAAACCACGGCCGUGAGAUUGAGAACCCCCGUGAUGUGUUACUCAGGGUUGGUCAGUUGGCCUUCAGAGGAGUGUCCGGAAGGAAAAUUGUGUUUACAGAUGUAGAUUUGAUCAAGUACAAUCUGCAGCCUUCCCAGUUCCUGUCCGGGUUCCUGAUGGAGCUUUUGGAGAGACAGGAUUCUUCCCGGAGCGUGGUGUACACAUUCCCACACCUCACCAUCCAAGAGUUUGUAGCUUCAGUCGCACAAUUCCUGAAUCCACAUCCCGGGGAUAUCCUGAAAUUCCUCACUGAAGCCCACAACACAACAGAUGGGCGAUUUGAGGUAUUCCUCCGAUUUCUUGCUGGUCUCACCUCCCCAAUGACAACUCGGGGCCUGGAGGAGUUUCUGGGUCCAUUUCCCAAUGAAACAACCUGCCGGGUGAUUGACUGGGUGAAGGAGGAGGUUAAACGUCAGAUUGGAAACACAUGGAGUGAAGCUGGUAAAAGGAGCUUUCUGAACACAUUGCACUACCUGUUUGAGUCUCAGAAUAGUGGACUGGCUCAGGCCGCACUGGGAUCUGUGGAAACACUUUCAUUCAGUGGAAUGACACUGACCCCGAUUGACUGUGCAGUCCUGUCUCAUGUCAUCAGACUCUGUGAUACAAUAAAACACCUCGACCUUGAGAACUGCCUCAUUCAUUGCGAAGGAAUCCAGCGGCUGGGACCCGGGCUGCACAAGUGCCAGGAGUUGAGCCUUGGUUGGAAUAAACUGGGAGAUUCAGAAGUGAAACUGGUGUCUGCAGCUCUGAGGAACACAGAGUGUAAAAUACAGAAACUGAGGUUGGGGGGUGUCAGUCUCACAGAUUCUGGAGCCGAGGAUCUCGCCUCCGCUCUCAGUACAAACCCAUCACUGACGGAGCUGAACCUGAGUGAUAAUAAACUCGGAGAUUCAGGAGUGAAACUGGUGUCUGCGGCUCUGAGGAACCCGGAGUGUAAAAUACAGAAACUGAGGCUGAGUCGUGUCGGUCUCACAGAUUCUGGUGCCGAGGAUCUCAUCUCUGCUCUCAGUACAAAACCAUCACUGAGGGAGUUGAGCCUGGGAUGGAACUCGCUCACAGACCGAUGGGUCCCUGCCCUCCGCCGCUUCAUACUGACCCUCCCGAGUCUGCAGCGGAUAGAGUUGCUGGGGAAUCAGUUUGGAGAGAAAGGGAGGAACGAACUGAGAGCUCUGCAGGAACCCAGACCUGGAUUGACCGUGCAUCUGUGAACAUCAGAAUGUGUUAACAUCACAGGGUCAGACACAGGGUGAAGCUCCUUCCACACCGUCCCAUCACACAUUCCCGGGGUCAAGCACAGUGUGAAACAACCUCACACCAUCCUGUCACAUACUCCCGGGGACAGACUCAGAGUGAAACUCCCUCCACACCGUCCCAUCACAUACUCCUGGGGAUAGACACGGAAGAGGAUGGGAGUGGGCAGAAACGGGCAGGGGGAUACAAAUGGGAAUCACAACCA